AUGCCAAGUCUCCUGGUUUUGCAUCCCACACCAAGCAGCUGCACCAUCAUUUGGAAUUUUUUUUUUCUUCCCUUUUUUGGCAAAAAUCCUCCCCUGGAGCAUUCUACUCCCCGAGGGGGACUGGCAGCAGCAGUGUUUUCCGGCCCGCCGUUGUUCCUGAAAACUCUCUGGGUUUCAUUUUCGAGGCUCAGCAGCUGCUGCUGCCAUGCUGGGGGAAGGCGGAAGCUGCUCAGCCCCACACUGGGGCCCUGCAGUGGAGCCUUCAAGCCUCCCCUUUCCAGAGGCUGGGAGCCACAAUGUGCCGAAGAUCCGGGUGAUCCAGGGGCUCCCUCGCUGGCAGUAGCAGGCAGGGCUGGCAAGGCCCUAGCCCAGGACACCUUCCCGGUGUGCAGGAGGGACCUGCGUGUGCUCCCCAUGGAGAUCCGAUGCGCUUUGCCCCAGGAUAUCCGGGAGCUGCUGCACUGCUUGAAGAUGAAGAGCAAGUACGCCGUCCUGCUGGUCUUCGUCAUCAGCCUCGUCAUCAUCGAGAAGGAGAACAACUUCAUCUCCAGGGUGUCGGACAAGCUGAAGCAGUCCCCACAGGCUCUGGCAGAGGCCAACAGCACAGAGGUCAGCCCAGCACUGGCCAAGAACGGCUCGCUGGCCUCGCUGCAGGAGCUGGACGCUGCCUUCUCCCAGAUGAGGUCCCACCUGUACAACAUCACCCUGCAGCUGGCAGGUGACCCCGGGGACCCCGGGCCACGGCGGCACGUCCUGCUGAUGGCCACCACCCGCACUGGCUCCUCCUUUGUCGGGGAGUUCUUCAACCAGCAGGGCAGCAUCUUCUACCUCUUUGAGCCCCUCUGGCACGUCGAGAAGACGGUGAACUUCCUGCCGGGAGGAGCCAGCGCGGUGGGCUCGGCCUUGGUUUACCGAGACGUCCUCAAGCAGCUCUUCCUCUGCGACCUCUACAUCCUAGAGAACUUCAUCUCCCCGGUUCCCGAGGGCCACCUGACAGCCUUCUUGUUUCGGCGGGGCUCCAGCCACUCGCUGUGCGAGGAGCCCGUCUGCACGCCCAGCACCAAGAAGGUCUUUGAGAAGUACUACUGCAAGAACCGCCGCUGCGGCCCCCUCAACAUCACGCUGGCGGCCGAGGCGUGCCGGCGCAAGCAGCACGUGGCGCUGAAGACGGUGCGCAUCCGGCAGCUGGAAUUCCUGCAGCCGCUGGUGGAGGACCCCCGGCUGGACCUGCGCAUCAUCCAGCUGGUGCGGGACCCCCGCGCCGUCCUGGCCUCGCGCAUGGUGGCCUUCUCGGGCAAGUACGAGACCUGGAAGAAGUGGGCGUCCGAAGGGGAGGCCCCGCUGCACGAGGAAGAGGUGCAGCGGCUGCGGGGCAACUGCGAGAGCAUCCGCGUGUCGGCGGAGCUGGGGCUGCGGCGGCCGGGCUGGCUGCGGGGCCGCUACAUGCUGGUGCGCUACGAGGACGUGGCGCGGGCGCCGCUGCAGAAGGCGCGGGAGAUGUUCCGCUUCGCCGGGCUGCCCCUCACCCGCCAGGUGGAGGAGUGGAUCGGCAAAAACACGCAGGCUCCUCCCGACGGCAACGGCGUCUACUCCACGUGCAAGAACUCCUCGGAGCAGUUCGACAAGUGGCGGUUCGGCAUGCCCUUCAAGCUGGCGCAGGUGGUGCAGGACGCCUGCGGCCCGGCCAUGCAGCUCUUUGGCUACAAGCUGGCCAGCAGCCCCGAGGCGCUGGCCAACCGCUCCUUCAGCCUGCUGGAGGAGGCACAGCCCGCCUGGGUCACGUAGCGCUGCAGGGUCACGGUGGCGGGGCGGAACGAGGGGCUGCGGCCGUGCUCCCGGCCGGUCCGGAGGCGACCUGGGGGUCCC